AUGCCCAAGACAACCACUCCAGAAUCUUUAGUGGAAAAAAGUUUCAAUCAUCUUAUUUCUGUCAACGAUUUGAAAAGCUAUAAUGGAUUGAGCAAGGAACAGAGAGCGAUACAAGAGCUCCAAAAUAUGCUCGCCGCAGAAAUGGAGGGUACCAAGAAGCUCAUAAUUGCGUAUGCCAUCACUUUGGGACCACUGGCAGUUUGCCUCAUUGUUUGUAUGUGCUCGUACCUAAUGGCUUUCACAAGGAACCUCAAGGCGCAUGCAGGGAGCCCACUCUUGCCGCUUAUCGCCCACUCCUACCGUACCCUCAAGUUCAACUAUAUCAGUUUCUUCAUGUUUGGAAUCUGCGCAGGAAUAUCGAUGUCAAUGGGAAAUUUAUUCCUCGGCCAAAUCUUUCUCCAAAUGUUUAUCAUUUUGGCAUUGGCUAUUAUCUGGUAUGUGGCAAUGUACCAAAUAAUCAUCUCGAUCGUCUCCAUUCAUCGAUUCAUCAACAUCCGGCAAUCUCCGGAGCUACGUGGAGAGUUGACACGAUGCAAUGUGCUCUUUCUCAUGAUUAUCGUUUUUCUGUUGGUGAUUUUCAAAGAUAUUGGAAUGGUGAUUUGGAUGGUGGUUCUUAUGGUUGGAGGAGGUUUCAACAUUGAAAUAUUAUUUACGAUUAUGAUGUACUACUCGAUGAUCUACAUCACCCACCAAAUCCUCCUGUUCAUCGCAACAAUCUUCCAAUUCUGUAUCUCCGAAGCUCCGAAAUCCCACUCCGAAUACUGCGUUGUCACCCAUACAAAGUACAUUGGACUCGUCAAAAUGGUUCUCGGCGUCAUCUGCUUCGCAAGCUAUCUUCUCAACUUCGAGACCACCAUAGCGUCCACUCUCUUCUUCGGAAUCGACAUCUUCCUGGUGCCAGUCGUCAUUCAGAUCACUGAAAUUCGGGCCAAACCAAAUGUGAUUAUCCCUACGGAAAUCCAAAAAGAGCCACUGAACGUCUAA